AUUCUCUACAUUGUUUUAUUUUGCUAAACAAUGGGAACAAAGAGGUAUGACCACUUCCACAGGUAAACCUGUCACGCAUGCAACGUUGCUGAAGGAUCUUUUGCAAAAAAUAACAUUACCUUCACGAUUGGCUGUUUGUAAAUGUGCUGCACACACGGGAGGAAGUGAUUUUGUCAGUAAAGGAAAUCAUUUGGCUGACCUCACUGCUAAAGCUGCAGCUGCAGGACAGCACUCAUACUCUCAUUUCUUAUUACAAACAGACCUUCUCAUUGAUUCUGACAUCCUAUCAUCGGCUCAGGACUCAGCACCUGCAACUGAAAAACAAUCAUGGUUAAACCGGGGGGCAUGUAAAAAACUUUUCUGGGAAAUUAAUGACAAACCUGUGUUGCCAAAGUCUCUUUUCCGUGCUGCCGCUCUCUCGACACAUGGUCCUUGUCAUGUGUCGACAGGGGGGAUGAUUGAAAUAAUUCAGAAAACUUUUUUCACUAUAGGUUUAGAGGCCUAUCUAAAACAGUUUUGUAAACAAUGUACAAUCUGCAUUAAACACAACCCACAAGGGAACAUGAGACCGAAAAGAGGAGCUUUUCCUACACCAUCUUAUCCAUUUCAAACAAUGCACAUGGACUUCAUUGAGUUAAAUCAGAGCGGUCCAUACAAAUAUUGUCUAGUAAUGGUAGAUGCUUUUUCCAAAUGGGUGGAAAUUGUACCUACCGCCAAACCAGAUGCUAUCUCAGUAGCUAAAGCAAUAUGUAAAUACAUUGUCCCAUACCAUGGCAUCCCAGAGACUCUGUAUUCAGACAAUGGAACACAUUUUGUUAAUGACAUCAUCAGCAAAAUGGCCGAACAUCUAAAUAUAACAUUGAAAAAUCAUUGUGCUUAUCAUCCACAAAGUGCAGGUUUGGUUGAAAGGAUGAAUGG